AUGUCGGUCUUGAGGACAGUGGUCCUCCUUACCCUGGCUGGAAAUGUUCCUUUAGCCUGCUGCAGCUGGGCAUCAAACUGCUCCUACUCGGCUCUAGUCAGCCACUUGAAGCUGGGCUCCUCCAAUGACUUCCUGGCCAACAUCAGGCCCGUCAAGCACUGGAAACAGGUCACCGAAGUACAGCUGGACAUGUUGCUCUAUGGCAUCUUGCAGGUGGAUGAGCAGCUUCAAACCUUCACAAGCCAUGUUUGGAUUCAAACGUUGUGGAAAAAUGAUUUCCUCACUUGGGAGCCGUCUGACUUCUGCGGCAUCGACCACUUCUCUAUUUCCAGGUCGAUGGUGUGGACGCCUGACAUAGGCAUUGAAGAGGAUGCCUCUGACAGCGGGAGCAUCAAGAAGAGUGCCUAUUUGACGGUUUACCCCAACGGGAUGCUGCAGAUGAGCGCCCGUCAGCGGCUGACUUCCACGUGCACCCUCAACCUUUACAACUUCCCCUUUGACCAGCAGAGCUGCUCUAUCACCUUCAGCCCCAUGAACACUGAUGCUCAGGCCAUACAUCUGGGGACCAUCAGUGGCAAUGAUUUCAUCACCAACGUCUCAGAGCAGGCCAUGGUGACUCGUGGGGAGUGGAGCCUGAAAGAAUUGGAAAUCAUUGCAAACCUGUCCGGCAAAGGCAUGCCCAGAAUGAGUAGACUGCUUUACAAGGUGAAGAUCGAGCGCAAGCCGAUGCUAUAUGUGAUUAUCUUCAUCGUUCCGCUCUUCUACCUGUUGAUCCUGGACAUGGCAUCCUUCUUCAUCCACGAAGGCCGUGGUGAGAAGUUGAGCUUCAAGAUCACCGUCUUGCUGUCCAUAUCUGUUCUGCUGCUCAUCCUCAAGGACCUGGUGCCUUCCACUGAAGACAGCCUACCCCUCAUUGCCAACUUCAGCAUGGGUGUGUUUGCUCUGGUGGGCCUCAGUGUGCUGGAGGCCAUGCUGCUCAGCUUCAUUAUUGACCUGGAUGACAAGAAUGCGAAGAAGCCAACCAGGGCAUCUGACAGGGAGGUUCACUUGGACAAACAGGAGACAGAAGGUUGUACAGGUAAACAACCACCCCCACCACAUCCGUCUGUCUCUCAAGAUCCCGCUGCAGAGAAGGCGGAAGGUUUGCCAGUUCCAUCUGGGCUUCCGUCAGAGCAUGAGCAGCUGAGACAUUUCCUGCAGGAAGUUCGUGCGGCUCAGCAGGAAGUGGCAAGCGUCGCUGUCGUACCCAAGCCUAGGCGCUUCCGAAGAGUGGCAGAAAUCAUCGACAUCGUUUUCUUCAUUCUUUACAUUUCCACUAUUGUGGCUUUUCUGGUGGUAAUGUAUAAUGUGUGGAUUCCGGCUGACUUUUACAGUUAAGAGCUAUCGAGCUCACAUAAGGGAAAUACACACAACUUCGAGAUCUCAGAAAAUUAGGAUUAUUAUUAUGUUUUGUGCUACAACUUUGUUUUUUGGAGCAAUUUCCCAACAUUUUUUGAUUUUCUGUAAUAACAAGGUGCUGGUUUGGUGUACAAGAAUGGCCACCCAAGAAGAUUUUGGUUUUGACUUUUGGUUACCAGUCAACUCCACAUAGGCAGGGAUUUAAAGCCCAGUCCUCAGAACUGUGAGGCAUGCCCAUGCCAUCAUAGUGCUCGAUUGGCCAGCCAACUCGGCAAAUCUAAACCCCAUUGAGAAUUGAUGGGGUAUUAUUAGGAGGUUAAGGAGGGGCACCAGACCCCAGAACAAAGAACUGGCACCAAGUAUCCAGGUCAUCUGGGCUUCUGUAACUCACAGGCAACACCACAGGCUGAUUGCCUCAAUGCCACAGCACAUCGAGGCACUGAUUAAGGCAAAGGGACUGACGGGUGACCAAUUCAGGGUGUAAUCUACCUUUCAUCCGAAGUUAUCUGAUAUAGGCUCCAGCGCUCUGGUGACCCUUGUGAGUAUAGGCGGCUUGGAAAAUGGAACGGAUUCCCAACCAUGUAUUGAUGAUUCCAAUAUAAUUGAAAGUACUGUAUUUUGAUUCAUUUAAUGUGGGCGGCACGGUGACACAGCUGUAAACCCUUGGUCUCACAGUUCUGAGGACUGGGGUUCAAUCCCUGCUGCACCUGUGUAGAGUUUGCAUGUUCUCCCUGUGCCUGCGUGGGUUUUCUCCGGGCACUCCGGUUUCCUCCCACAUCUCAAAAACAUGCAACAUUAAUUGGACACUCUAAAUUGCUCCUAGUGUGAUUGUGAGUGUGACUGCUGUCUGUCUCCAUGUCCCCUGCGAUUGACUGGCAACCGGUUCACGGUGUACUCUAACUCCUACCCUAUGAUAGCUGGGAUAGGCACCAGCACUCCCGGGACCCUUGUGAGGACAAGCGACUAAGACAUUGGACGGAUGGAUGAUUUAAUGUGACCCCAAUUUCUUUUAUUUUUUCCCUUUUUUUCAAAAACAGAAUUAGAUGGUGAUUACUCACAGUAUUAAAAUUUUUGAAAUUCCUGAUUGCUUUCAUUUUAUGAGCUGCAAACAUAAAUUAUGUAACA